UGAUUUAUUUUGUUGUGUUCGAUUGUGUUAUUGUGUUUCGUUGGCAUGUCAUGUCUUUUUUUCUGAUUUUCGAGUGUUAGUUUCUUUUUCGGUGUUACUUUUAUUAGUGCUCUAAUAUCCUUCAGCUUGCGGUGCUAGUUUGCCUAGCUCGAAGACGUCCUUAGUUAUUUAUUUCAGCGUGAUCCGACUUGGCAUUACACUCAACUACUUCUGCUGCCAUGGCCUCCGACAAAAGUGAAUUCAAUUUUGAACAACUUGCAUCAGACUAUUCAAAAUAUCUAAAAAUCGAAACCAGCAAAGAUGUCAAAUCCAUUGAAGAAAACAUAGAUGACAUGCUAACUCGAUUGGAAGAAUUCAGUGGAAUAAUGAAUAUGAUGUCUGUUGAAGUUCAGAAAUGUGCUGAUACAUGCAUACCAGACUUGCACCAGAUUAGAAUUCAACUCAUGGAAUUUUUUCGUCAAAUUCAUAUGUUGGAGGCUCUGGUCGGCCGUGUCCAUCAGGAUUUGAAUGUUGUCGAAUCUCAAGUUAUGGAAGCAGAAUUAGAUAUUGGAGUAUCGGAUGGUCUUUUCAAAAAUAUUUUGAAACCAUUCUUCUCGAGUAAAUCCACGGAUCGGAGUAGAAAUGAGCCAACCAGUUCAACAACAAAAAAGUCACAGAUAGUAUACAUACCUCCUGCCAUAUUCAAAACUUCUGACUUUUUUCCCCCUCAAGAAGAGCAGCCAAAAUCGUAGAGAUCAAGAUUUUGAAGCUAAUUCAUUUGGGAACCUCAAUCAAAGAAAUGUGUCAUCAUUUUGUAAUUGUAAGCUUGCUCAAUACCUUUGAACUUACUUGCCUCAGCAUGUUUGAUGUGUUUCAAUCAAGAAGAUAAUAUUUUCUUAAAUAGUGGUAAGUAAAGACUAUCUUCCAAUAAGAGCUUUACUUUUUUAAUUUUCAGAAUUCAAAGGACUGUAUCCAAAAUGUGCCCGCAGACAGCCUUUAUGGCCUAACUAUUUCCGGGUUAUUAUGGUGUUUUUUAACGUUUUUCAUAAUGAUUGUUAUUUGCUCUUGAGCGAUAAUUUUGUAUGUUUGUAGCAGUAUCAUGGUGAAAAAUGGUAUCAGGUGAAAAUUUUCUACUGCUUUAGUUCUAGUCAAAAUGGAGUUUCAAUGAAGCACAACAAACGAAUUUAUUAAGUAACAACUGUAAGAUAAUUUCAGUAAGUUAGGUUCGAAAGACAGUAUUUUUAAGUUUAGCGAGAGCCUAAAAUUGUUGUCCUUGUGUAAGUUUUGCCUCCCAGAUUUCUGUUUUGUUCUUGAAGAAUAUGUCAGUGAUUGUGCUCUGCACCACGAUUUUUGUUUUCCUUGAAUGGCUUUUUGACUAAACUGAAUUAGGAACAAAUAUCUGUUGUGAUGAAGCGUUUGAUGGCUCUUACUUUAUAAUCUACCAUCAAGUAGUUCAUGAUUAAUCGUAAGUCUUUUUACUUAAUCAUCUUAUGAUCUCUAGGAAAAAUUGUAUAUGUUAAGGAAAAUUACAAUUAUAGUGGCAGCAGGCUGAUUGUUGAAAUUGAUGGACAAAGCGAUAGACAAAGAAGACAUAGGGAGAAUGGAGCAAUCCUAUCGGUUGAAAUGGAUGGCUACCUGAAACUAAGGGAAAAAAUGAUGGACAUUUAGUUGCAUAGUUGCAUUUAGUUACUCUAUCAUCCACCUUCUUUGCCUAUUGUAACUACCCGCCUCCACUCAUAGGACCCUGCUAUAUCCCUUUCGUAAUCUUUGUCUGUAGUUAUGUCCAUAACAAUCAGCCCGCAUAUUCAAUGACUUUCCUAGAUCGGUCGGUCAGUUUAAUGAGACAUUUUUGUAAUUUGAGUGAGUAGCAAGAAUGAAGGACAGUUCAUUAGAAAUUUUACUUGCUUGAAGCAUUAGUUAUGGGAGAAAAUAAACUAGGUGCAAUUAAAACCAAAGACUGAAACUGGAAACUUCUGUUUGAAGUCCUAACGAAUGGAAAGUUCGAGGAUUGUUAUGGAAGCUUUGACCAGUGCAAGUGACCCGUUUCGGAAUCUUCAUCCGGAUCCCUCCUUCAUGACUCACCUACACACAUUUUAUUUUCAUGGUGUCCAGUACAUUCAAUUAUAAUUAAAGUCCCUGGACGAUUUGCAAGGAGCAAAUUCUGUCAUUCUUCUAUCAGUUUUGGAAUCAAAACAUGAAAAAUUCUGACUGCGAAAGUGAUUUAAAAAAAUUCUGCGGCCAACUAUUUGUUUGCAGAUUACCUGAUGUUUUCCCAGGUUCUUUCUGAUGCCCAAAAAAUUCUUUGAUAGAUUCCUAAUUUUCCAGGUUGCUACACACCCUGAUUUUUACUCUUCGAUCCUCAGAAUUCUUGAGAAAAUCAUUUAAAUGUAGGAACUGUUGCCAAUUCUCUAAUUAUAUGAUCGUUAAAAUCUGUGAAUAUAUAUUUCAUGUGCCUAUAUAAAUGUAUUUACAUGACUUUUCGACUUUACUACUUUGUAGAAAUACAUAAGCUUGCCUUUAACAAAUCUUUCUUAGAGGCAGUUAUCUAAGAAUUUUCAGCGGUUUAGCUGAAAAAUGGUGAAAAGUUAUAUUGUUAAUUCGUGUUAAAGGGGAUGCAUUUGAUUAAAAACAUUUCAUGUAUUUUAA